AAUAAUAAUAAACAUCAUGUCCAUUUCUAAAUCAUUGAUUCAAUUCGAAAAUAAUGAAUCCUACAUAAAAAAUUUGCUCGAUUUGAUUAUAAAUUCAUUAGAACAAAGUUCACAGGACAUGAAAACAGAAGAAAUAUUAGAACUUGGAGAAGGAAUGGAGAUUGUAACGAGACCUUGGGCACUUGUGUUCCUAAAAGAUGAUAAGCUACUUCAGACAGAACUUUUAAAGAGAAUUAAUCAAGAAGGAUAUCUAUCCGAGGAGCGGAAAUGGCUGGAUUUAAUUCAAGUUUGCCGAAUAGAUACAAUACAUCAAAUUAGAGCUGUCUUAUGUGCUUUACAUAUGAAUAUGGAGGAGAUCAAAUAUCAACAGCAAAAGACUAGUAUUUUAGAUUGGAUGAGAUAUGAAAAAGAUAAUCAGCCACCUAGCCUGAUUAUUGUAGUUGAUUUAUUAGAUCUUUUAGUUCAUGAAGACAAAUUACAAAAUAAUACGAUUCUGCGUUACAUGACUAUCAAGUAAAGUAUAUAAUACAUGUAUACAAUUGUAUAAAAAAAGUAGAUCACACAAAAAUGACUAAUUUCCACCUUUUUUGGGAAAAAUUACAGUUAUAACGAAUUAAAUCAAUCGUUAGCAAACCUUGUGGAAUCGUGUACAUUUGAAAGUACAAUUGGUAAAACAUAUUGGGAAAAUAAACUUGGAAUUAAGACAAAUCUAUCAACUGAAUUAGUCAUAUCAGAUAAAGCAUUUUUACCUCCUUUAAAAGUAAAUGAUCACAGAGACAGAUUUCAACAAGACAUAAUUGAGAAAUUGUAUGGAAUUUUGAACUUUUAUUUAGAUAAUUUAUAUAUUUAACGCCGACAACAAGUCAUCUUCGGAUCGGUUAUUUAAUAAGCUCCUCUUUAUCGUCCAAUUAAAUUUAAUCUAGACUAUAAAAAGAAUUUAACAAGGGAAGCAAAAAAUAAAUGGCUGAAACCAUAGGUCUCAAUUUUUUUUUUUUUUUUUCCUCGUAU